AUGGACUCUUUAUAUUCAACCACUGCCUCGGCAAUAGACGAACCGAAAUCGCUAUGGGGUCCUCUCACCAUUGCACUGCUGGCCAGUAUGACUCAAGCUUUUGGCAUUUCCUUACAACGACGAGCACAUCUGGUUGAACAGCAACUCGGCAUCGAUGGACGUCUUCCCUUUUACAAACGACCAUUGUGGCUCUCUGGAUUCCUCAUUUAUACCCUCAGCAACAUUGUACAGUCGUCAUGCACCAUCGGCUACCUUCCCAUUGUCAUUCUUGCCCCUGUGGGUGCCAUUGGCCUUGUCUUCAACGCCGUCUUUGCCAAACUCGUCCUUGGUGAUCCAUUUACAUUAAAGACUGUGCUCGGUACCAUGCUAAUUGUUCUGGGUGCUGGGCUUGUUGCUGGAUUUGGCGUUGUACCAGAACCCAAUCAUUCACUUCAAGAUUUGAUUCGAUUAUACAAACGACCCACAUUCAUUGUCUAUUUCACCAUCAUUGAAACGUUCAUUUGCCUUGGAUUAUUGACAACCCAUAUCAUUGACUACAAAAUGGAACAUGCACCUCCAUCCUUGUCAAUGCAAGGUGGCAGCAUUUAUGGCCGUACGGACCUGAAAAUGUGGUUGGGAAUCAGUUAUGGUGUAUUUGGUGCCAAUAUCAGUAGUCAGGCCAUGUUGUUCGCCAAGAGUGGAUUGGAACUAUUACUCAUCUCAGUCUUUGGUGACGACAAUCAAUUCAUUUAUCCUCUUACAUGGGUCCUGGUCCUUGCCCUGAUUUUCACUGCUGUACUUCAGCUUUAUUAUCUGAACCGAGGCAUUCGCCUGUGUGACACAAUCAUCCUGGUGCCUCUCAACUUUUGUUCAUUCAAUGUGUCCUGCUUAUUCAAUGGAUUGGUUUAUUACGAUCAAUGGGAACGAUUGGUUUGGUGGCAGAUGGUUGCUGUCCUCUUUGGUAUUGCCAUCCUUAUAGGCGGGGUGCUGAUCAUCUCGUGGCAACCCGGUUACAUGGCUUCUUUGGCAGAAAUGGAUGAUCCGGCAUUAUUACCGGCAGAACCAGAUACACAAAAACAACAUUCGAUUCCAUCUCCCAAGGAACCUAGCAAAUGGUGGUUCAAGCUGACGGCUCGCAAAAAGAAGUAUCUCAAUGAACCCGAUGAACGAACACGGCUGUUGGAUGAUGAUUCAUCUUAG